UCGAUUUCGAUUUCGAUUUCGGUUUCGAUUUCGAUUUCGAUUCCGAUUUCGAUUUCGAUUCCGAUUUCGAUUUCGAUUUCGAUUUCGAUUUCGAUUUCGGUUUCGGUUUCGGUUUCGGUUUCGAUUUCGAUUUCGGCUCCGGCUCCGGUCUUGGGUCUGAUUUUGCUUCUUAUACACGGCGAGGCUAUGCGGCAGCUGUGCGCAGCAGAAUGGACCCGUUGGAACAAUUCCAGGCUAAUGCCCUCGCCAUCACAGCAUACCUCUACAGCCAUGCCCGCGCCGCCAUAACGGGCUCUCCCGCAUUCAUAUCAGCUCACUUUUCGGCCUUCAAACAGCACCUGGUCUGGGUCAGGCACAAUGGCGGUUCUAGGCUCCAGGAAAUCCUGCGAGCCAUUGCCACGUUUGUCCUAUUCUUGGUAUACUCUAGCAGAGCCAAGCAGGGUCUCAUCAUCCUUGCGUUGGCCGUGCCCACCAUAUUCAUUCAGACGAUCCUUAUGUUUACCUUGGGUACAGUCGGCUACGUUAUGAUGUACAACCGCGUUGUCCCGGACGUUGUGGCCAGAGUACCUGUCUAUCUGCAAUACGGGUACGGGCGCAACCCCUUUGGUGUGGCCCGCAUCACGAACGUCAAGACCAGACAGGCGUACGACAUCUCCGUGUCGCUGACUCUCCCCCGGUCUCCGCCAAACCUCGAACUCGGCAACUUUAUGGUUACGCUUGAGAUGCUGGGCGAGUCGUCGCCGCUCCCGAAGGCCGCCAUGCCUAUCACUGCCUACACCCCAGAGAGCGCGCUCAAGAGCUCCACCGACCUCCACCGGACAGCCCUCAUGGCCGACCGCCCGGUCCUCUUCUUCUCGGCCCGUCCCGCUCUGAUCCCCUACUGGAACAAAUACGUGUCGUUCGCCUCCCGGAUGCUGUUCUUUCCGUACCACGCCCUCUUUGACACGGACAAGAAAAAGAUAGUGAUCCCCAUGGCCGAGAAUAUCUACUUCCGGAGCCACUCGUCGGUCCCGACGAGGAUCCUCGUCGAGGUCCAGGCCGGCCAAAGGCUGCAAGUCUACGCUGCCGAGGUGAAGAUUACGGCGCGCCUGUCCGGGCUGGUGUGGUUCAUGUACUACUUCAGGCUGGCGACAUUUUUGGCCAUGCUGACUAGUUUCUUGACCUUGUCGUCGAUGGUCUCUGCGCUCAUACUCCUGGCCACUAUGUUCUGGUGGUCUUGGUCCCAGGAUCCUCCCGGAGGCGGCGGCGGCGGCGGCGGUGGUGGUGGAAACAACGGCAGCGGAAACAACGGUGAGAACAACGACGGCGGCAAUAACGACGGCGGGGGUGACCUAGAGACGCCCUCGGCGACGCCGAGCCUAUCCGACACUAGACUUACGCGCACCACCACGGAUAACCAGACGAUCCCCGCUACGGAUAACCAGCCACCUUCCACUACGGACAACCAGCCGCCGCCCGAUAAAUUCGACUGGGCGCCCCCCGAUGAUGACGAAGACGAGGUAAAAAGCGAGAUCAAGUCGGAGGAAGAAGGCGAGGGCACCUCCUCAGUACUUCCCCCCGAGCUGCCGGCUGUGGCGCCCGGGGCCGAGGCUGACGACGAGGACGGCUCCGAGGAGGACCCCGUCAAGGAAGAGGAGCAGGAGUCCAUCUACACCCCCCACAUACCUCACGCGAGCCAAACGAUUGAUUCGGGCAUCGGCGAGAGCAAUAGCAGCCAAACAAGCUACAUAGGCGCCCAGACGGGAGCCAAGCUCUCUGCGUCCAGUGGUGGCGCCUAGCAGCGAGGACCGAUGGUCAAAUAGCUGUAGCGGACGAUGCGGACGGUGCGGACGGCGUUUUUAAGCAGAUUUGCCACUGGCUUCACGGCUGUAUAUACCCCUUUCCGAAUCAUGGGCUUUUCAUGUAUUUGUUUUCGACUCUUUUAGAAGGUGGACUUGGACAGCGGUAAACAUGAUAAAAUUAUCUUGUUUUCUCGCAAAGAUGUGUCUAUUUGUUUUGCGUCCCAUCACGCUGUGCUCUGCUCCCACGGUAUUAAUCAGUUCACAGUUACAGGUAUAGUAC